AUGACAAAACUCCGCAACAAUCCCUAACUUCAUCACCUCGCUCCUCACAAUGCCGCAACAGGCAGCGCCCGCCGGCGAUGCGGUCCAAGGCCAACAGACCGACUGGACGGCCAGAGCCUGGUCAAUCGGGAAGAACCUCGCCUUCUUCGUUGCCGUUCAAGUCGCCAUGAAGCAGUUCAUGGGUGGCUCGAAGACGCCAGCGGCGACUCCAGAGAUGGCCAUACCGAGUGGCCAACCAAUCGCAGAUGCGGGCUCAUAUACUGCGAUCCCUCAAACUCUCUCUCCACUGUGGCCGGCGAAUACGAACGUCGAUAUCAGCAUGUACAUCUCGCCGAGCGUCGCUAUGCCUCCGUUGAGGAACAUGCCCGCAGAAAGUUUGAUUGUAGAAGAGAAGAACUUUUCAACGGACAAGUCGAAGGGUGAUCAUCGCCAUGUGUCAAAGAGCUUCGCGGUGCCAAAGAACGUGCAGAAUAACGGGACAUUAUGGGCACACAUCUUCGUGGGACAGACUGGUGCAGAGCUUGAUCCUGUAUCGCCGAACUAUGAUCCAAGCAAGGCGUACCGUAUGCUGAAACCUCUUACCCAAUACUUGGGCAAGAAGAAGGUCCGCAAGACUCGCAAUCUGCUUGACAGCAAGAGUAGUACCGACGAAGCCGAAGAGAUCGAAGUCGAGGAUUACAAUGCGCCAACGAUUGCCUCCUACUACCACCCCAAUUUCACGCUCGCCUUCAUCCCGGAUACGGGCAACGUGGCAUGGCCGACUAUGCAUCCCGCGAUGAGGCAAUUCUAUACCCUUGAUGUGACCGACGCCCGCGAUGCCACUGGGAGGAACGCGUACUACUAUCCUGUUGUCUAUCUGAACACCUUUUGGCAAUUGAAGUCUCAUAUGACUGAAUUGAAUGCGACCCAUCCGGUUGAUAGACUGCCCAUCAACGUGGACGUAUCUACCCUUGCCAAUUGGCAAUUUGGCAUUAUGGCUAGCAUGGACGAGGGAAUGAAAGAGACUGCACGGAAAGUCGCUCGUGGGGAGAGCACUCCAGGCGGUGGAGAUGGUUCAGAAAUGGAGAUGAUCAAGGAGACCUUGCUCGACACCAAUCCCUGGUUGCUGGGCACAACUGUCUUCGCCAGUGUGCUGCACAUGAUUUUCGAGCUUCUCGCGUUCAAGUCUGAUGUCGGGCAUUGGCGCAAUAAGAAGGAUAAUGUGGGUGUGUCUGUCCGGACGAUCAUCUCCAACGUGGUCAUGCAAACGAUUAUCUUCCUGUAUCUCAUGGACAACAACGAAAACACCAGCUGGAUGAUCUUAUUCGGCCAAGGAAUAGGCAUUGCAAUCGAAGCUUGGAAGAUCACAAAGACCGUCGAUGUCCGCCUUCGGGAUCCUGCUCCUGGAACAUAUGCUCACAAGCUUGGUCUGCCAUACAAUAUCGUGUUCGAAGACAAGCACAAGCUCAGUGAGACCGAAGAGAAGACUGAAGAGUACGACAAGAUUGCGUUCAAGUAUAUGGGCAUCAUCGCUGUUCCGCUCCUGCUGGCAUACGCUGCCUACUCGCUCAUCUACGACACUCACAAGAGCUGGUACAGCUUCAUUAUUGCGACGCUCGUGGGUAGCGUAUACGCCUAUGGUUUCCUCAUGAUGGUGCCAAGUUUAUACAUCAACUAUCGCUUGAAGUCAGUGGCUCACAUGCCCGCAAGGACGAUGAUGUACAAGUUUCUCAACACCUUCAUCGACGAUCUCUUCGCCUUCACGAUCAAGAUGCCACUUCUCCAUCGUCUCGCCACCCUCCGCGACGAUGUCAUUUUCUUCUUCUAUUUAUAUCAGGCAUGGGCCUACAAGGUCGAUUACACGAGAGUCAACGAGUUUGGACAGGGAGGCGACGAUGAGGAGACUGAGAGCAAGCAGGCUUCAAAGCCGCUAACGACUCCGGCGGAUGGCAAGACCACUGAUGUGUCCGGCAAGCUCAAGGGAGAACUUGACGACAAAGUGGAGGCGGUUUCAAGUGGGAAGGAAAAGGCGACUGCGAGGAAAAGGAAGGCUUAG